AAGCCCAAACAGAUCCGAAGAAGAGGGAAAAUGAGCAAUCUCUCUCUCUCGAUCAGAUUCACUCUACUCUUCUCCCUCUCUCUCACAGCCUCCUCCUCUUUCUUCCUCAGGCAAUCAUCGCCGUCACCUUCUCCUUCGUCAUUGCAUUCAAGAUCCUCUCCUCCUUUCCCGAAAGCUACACCGUCUGAUUUGCUCUCCUUUCUCGGUUCUGCCAACCAGUCCUCCGAGGUCAACCCGCUCGUAGCUCGGGAACUCAGUUCCUCCCUCAAAUUCCUCGUUCCAUUCUCUCCGAUCGAGACCAAAAACUCACGGUCCUUUAGUAGUGGAACGCUACGAAGCUCUAAUGAAGAGAAUGAGCUCAUUUGGUGGCCGCCUGAGCCGGUGCUUGAGCUUGCUAGGCAUUCCGUCAAAUCCGGUGGAGAUCCCGAUACAGUUCAUCGUGCUCUCGAUCCCACGGUCUUGCGUGUUCCCGACGUUGAAGGAUCGGUUGAAGAUCGAUGCCAGCUCACCAGAACGCCGAAUUGUUGGCGCUUCAUAAGUGAGGAUUUGAAUUCAUAUUUUGGAUUUCUAUUUGAAGUUAUUGCUACCCGGGGUCCAACUGUUGGAUUGAACGUGUCAUUGAAUCGCUUUGAUUUAUUCCACGGUCACCUUUUCCUUUCCCUCGAUUCUGGAAGGCUUGGAAUAUUGUUUCAUGCAAAAGAUUAUCCAGCAUAUGACGAAGAAGUGUUUCCAUACAAUAUGGGGUAUUGCCAAAUAGGGUCUAAUGUAAAUUAUGAUGAAUCAAUGAACUUGCGGAACAUUCUCUGGCUGGCUCCAUUGCCAAGCAAUUCUACUGAAGAGUGGUUGGCACCAGGAGUCCUCGUGGUGUUGGAUGCCCAUCCUGGAGGAAUUUUAUAUAGGGAUCUCAUACCUGAAUAUGUAAAUUAUGCAAGAACCAUUUAUGAAGAUGACUUUGGGAAGGUUGUAGUCGAUGUCAACUACCUGAAUGUUGGAAAAAAGGUUCCUGAUCAUCAAAUUUUCAUUUGCUGAUGCCGUUGUAAAGUUGCUGUGGGAUUAGGAGACAUGGCCAAAAGCACGAUAGAGAUCUCUGCUGACUUCUUAGUAAUAACUGCUUUAAACUCUCAUUCCUUGUGGCCUGUGGCGAUUUUUGUUUUUUCAGUUUGCACAUGCUUGUGGCUGUAGCCUGUAUAUGGCAUGAUGGUCAUCUGAAGAGACUUCAUGGCUUUUUCCAUGUUUUGAACAAUAAUACGCACUUUGUAGUGGAUCAACUUUAAAGCAUUGCUUCAAGGGGCGUGGAUAAGAGGACGGAGUACCACAGUGUAUUUGUUCCUCUUAUUUGUGCUGUAA